AUGCCGAAAGCAAAGCAAAAGCGCAGCAAAGGUGCUGACAACAAUUCUUCGCCCUACUCGAAACCGACAUCAGCCAAGGCGGCAGCGGCGCAUUCGAUCUUCAAGAUGGACAAGGACCUCGGCCAGCAUAUCCUCAAAAACCCUGGUGUCGCAACAGCUAUUGUCCAAAAAGCGCACCUCAAACAAAGCGAUCACGUCCUGGAAGUCGGACCUGGUACCGGUAACCUGACAGUUCUGAUACUUAAGGCGGUGAAGCAAGUUACAGCCGUAGAAAUGGAUCCGCGAAUGGCAGCAGAAUUGACAAAGCGAGUACAAGGCUCGCCAGAGGAAAAGAGACUGACAAUAAGGCUGGGCGAUGUGAUCAAGGCCGAACUCCCACGAUUCGACGUCUGCAUCAGUAACACACCGUACCAAAUCAGUUCUCCCCUGGUCUUCAAACUGCUCGCACUGCAACACCCUCCACGUUGCUGUGUACUUAUGUUCCAGCGCGAAUUCGCCAUGCGCCUAUUCGCGCGACCUGGCGAAAAACUCUACUCGCGCCUCUCCGUCAACGUUCAAAUGUGGUCUAGAGUCUCUCAUGUCAUGAAAGUCGGACGCAACAACUUCAAUCCUCCUCCCCAAGUCGAAAGCAACGUUGUGCGCAUCGAGCCCAAGAACCCCCGCCCGCAAAUUGCAUACGAGGAGUGGGACGGUCUGUUGCGAAUCUGCUUCGUCCGAAAGAACAGGACCUUGCGCGCUAGUUUUAUGGGCACAGCAGCUGUCCUCGAACUCCUCGCUAGUAAUUAUCGUCUCUACUGCGCACAAAACGACAUCCCCAUCGACGAUACCCCGCUCGAUCCUAGUGAAAUCGCCGCAGCAGAAGAGGCCGAAACCAUGGAUGUCGACGACGAGUUCAAGGGUUUCUCCGAUCCCGACGAGCCAGACGAUGAGCUCCCUGAUUUCUUCAAGCAACUCCAGGCUGAAAGCAAGAAGAGCAAGAACGGGGCGAAUCGUAAGCGCAAGGGUAGGCUCGCAGAGCUUGUGCGGGAGAAGGUUAGGAAGGUGCUUGAGGAUGAAACGCAGCUUGCUGAUAAGCGAGCGCGGUUGUGUGAUGAGGCUGAUUUCUUGAAGCUGCUGUAUGCGUUUAAUCAAGAGGGUAUACAUUUCAGCUAA